AUGAUGCGAAUAGCUAUAGCUGGGGGCUCUGGCUUUGGAUAUCUCCUGGCAAGCCAUCUCUCUAGAGCAGCAAACGCUUAUCAAGUUGUUGUUCUCUCACGUUCUUCACGUCCCGAAUAUGCAGCACUUGAUGUUCAAGUCAUGGUUGUUGACUACAAUGACGAGAAUAGCCUAGCAUACGCACUUCAUGGGGUUAAUCUUGUCAUCUGCACCUUUUCAGGAGGUGAACAGAUCAAUCUGAUCACUGCAGCUGUCCAAAGCGGUGUACAAUUCUUUGUCCCGUCCGAGUUCGAAGGAAGUCUCGAAAAACGACCCGAAAACGAUCAACUCGACCCCUAUUUAUACUCAUCCCAAGCGAGACAGCAUCUCAGACGCUGUGCAAGAUCAUCCCAGAUGAAGUGGACCGUCUUCUCCUGCGGCAUCUUCAUGGAGAGAUUCCUCCUUCAGGGGCUCGGAAGUUUGGCCAUUGGCUAUGGUUCAAACUUGGCCAACGUGGGAUCUUACGUUCUUGACAUGAGUACUUAUACUGCAGAGUGCGUGGAGAAGAACCCUCGAGGGCAUACUGUCCGUGUCUGCAUGACAUCUGUUUAUGAUGUUGUCCAAUUCAUCGUUGCUGCCAUUGAUUUGGGACCUGAAAAUUGGCCUCGCGAGUUUACGAUGAGGGGAGACCGUCUGUCACUUCGUGGCAUUGUUGGUCAAUGCUCAAGAACCCUGAACGCUACAGAUAUUGCAGGACUUGUGAGUGGUUUUUAUCAACAGGGAGACAACGUCAAAGUUGCCUUUUAUCAACAGCUCCAAGCUACUGUUGACGGGCGUUACGACUUUGGCCAUGCAUCGUUGAAUGACCUCGUCAAUGUGCAGCCGAGAAGCUUUCGCCAGUGGCUGAGUGAACAGUUUACAGGAUAA